AUGAUCAACUUGUUUAUUACGCAACUAAAAUUAUCGAUAUCGAUACUCAUAAAUCCCGGUAUUGGGGUUACACAAUAUACAGUACAUAAAUCUGAUUCGGCAAACGAACAGACGGAUUACCUGAUGGUCAAGAUGAGCGUGGUAGAGGGCGGGGGGCCGGAGGCGCCGGCCCUCACUGCGCCGGCGACCACUCCCACCACGCCACCACCCUCUGCCAUCACUGCCGAUGCCACAGGACAACUCAUACAGGUCCCAGUCGCCCCCCGGAAGCCCCCGCGAAGAGGUCCCAAGGUCCAACAGGAGAGGCCGAAGAGGGCACUGUUCUGUUUGACCUUGAAGAACCCCAUGAGAAAGGCCUUCAUCGACAUCGUGGAGUGGAAGUAUCCUUUGCAAAAUGAUUAA